GUGCUGGAAGUUUGCCUACUCUGGAAAAAAUAGGUGCUACAAAAACAUCUCUUAAAAAAGCAAUUUAAGAGCUACGAUUGUUCCUAGUGCUUGUGGUGCGAACACAUUAAACUGGGGUUCUUAGGUGUUGUACUAUGUUCCAAAAAAUAUGAACCAUUAAUUUAUAAUACUGCACUGGUAUCAGUAUUUGUGUUAUAUUUGCUAGCAGUCACACCAUAAUUAACUGGUCAUAUGAGACCAAGUAAGGCUGCAGCAGCAAAACUCCUGAGUAUAUUGAAGUUAGUUUUUUUUUUCUCUCACACAAAUAUAUCUUUUCAUUUUUAAGUAAAAAAAAAAAAAGCAUAUUUUCUUAUUAUUAUGUUAGUUAUGGAGUGCCACUUUAAAGCUCUAAUCUUGGCCAGUGAUCUAGGUCCCAAAUCCUGCAAGGAACUAAUUUUCUAUCUACAAAUUACUUUAAAUUAGACUUGUUAUGUAACUGAUGAGGCCUGUAGCAGGUAUUGAGAAGCUCUUAAUUAACACACUGUAUAAUUAAUAUGACCUGAUAAAAACAGUGUGCAGGAGCCUUGACUCUCAGUCAUUAAUGAUGACUAUAAAAAGUAUCUCCUUAUUAAAAUAUAAUUCCUUUUGAUAUUGUUAUGCUAUCAUUCCAUUAUCGUGAUAAAUCUCCAAGUGCUCUCUAUCCUGGUAUAUUACUUAAAUUGCUGCUUUACAUAAGAAUCAAAUCUAGGCUGUAUUUGCGUGACUAUAUUUAGAGUGGUGCUAUAAAAGGCCUGCUGUUUAACAUAUCUCCCUGGCAUAUGGUAUUAUGAUAAUUACGCAGCUAUUACUUCACUACAUGGGUUUGUGAAAUUGAAUGAGCGCCGGAGCCCGGGGUGAUUGUUGCUCCCACUAACCCCACCUCAAUCUUAGUGCAUGUCUAGUGUGACGAGAGUGCUACUGUGGGCAUGUGCAAGUUGGCCACCCCCCCAACACACACACACAUACCUUGCCAUCUGUUGACAUAUGCAGCUGUUCAAAAAUAGCCCUCUACCAGAAGCUUCUCUGAGUGGCCCACUGAUAAGCAGAGCAGGGAUCUUGUCCGUGAGAGUUGUUGUGCCUUUACCAUGACCACGUGUUGGCGGGCAGUAGUGCGAAACCACUGCAAGACUGUUUGAUUGGAUAGUUUCAGUAAUUCCGUCUUGUUUGUUGUGCUUUUUGACAACUGUCCAACUGAAAAUGGAGCCAGUUCCUGACCAGUUUAUGGAAUUCCACCCGAUCCAUGGUACAAAUGUCCGACUGGACGACUCAGGAACCCAGGCCACUCGUGUGGAGAGCUUUGCAAAUGCAGUGUGUUUCAGCAAACACCCCCUGAAGCCCGGGGAGAUUUUUCUCAUAGAGAUCGAGGAUAAGGAGCUUGGUUGGUGCGGCCACCUCCGGGUCGGCCUGACUGCCAGGGACCCCGGGAACCUUGAGGUGGUACCUGAAUACUCCAUCCCAGACCUGGUAGAUUUAGGUGACAGCUGGGUUUUCGCAAUCACUCGCAACCACAAUAAGAUCAUAGAGGAACUUGGAGCAGUCGGUCAAGAGGCUGGAGACGGAGGAUUGGCUGGGGGCCACAGGCUCGGACGAGGGGAGGGUGAAGAGAGACCUGGAGGCGAGGGAGAUGGAGGAGGAGACAGCAAACCAAAGACUUUCUUCACUGACUCUCACUUGUACAUUGAGAAUAUUCGCAUCCCAAGAGACAAGCUGGUCGGACGGAGCAGGCCUGGAUGCUUCAGCCACAUCUUGGAUGACUUGUACAAGACCAACGCCUUGCCUCCCACAGCCAGACGUAGCCGGAUAGGAGUACUGUAUGUGCCAAAAGGGCAAAACCUGGGUGAUAUGCACAUUGUCAUCAAUGGUGAGGACAUGGGAGCUUCUGCAAAGGGGAUCCCCACAAUCCCACCUCCCCAUGCUGUGGUGGACAUCUUUGCUGCUACUAAGUGUGUCCGAAUUGUCCAGGUGGAGUAUGGAUUUGAGUCUUUGCAGACAUUGUGUCGGAAAGCCGUCCAGAAACACAUAGUCCACAGGAUGGCCAUUGACUGGCUCGAGCUGCCAGAAGCACUGAAGCACUACUGCAAGUAUGAAUAA